UUUGUUUUAAUUGGUGAGGAGGAUGCUGUGGGUAGGCCUGUGCUGGUGGGGUCCUCAUGUAAGCUUGAGUGUAUGCUAGAGUUGUGAAGUCGUGAAAAUCUGUUUGAUGUGUCAAUGCUUGUGUUGUCAAAUAUGAGGAAUGAUUUAUUCAUUUCCUGACAGACGACAUGGAACCAGGUGUCACACGUAUCACAGCAUAUGGUACUGGAUUUCCAUGUGACUGCUUUGCCACAGGUACCGCAGGGGUAUCUAGGGGCUCUCGGACCGGGGUUUAAUUCUGUAUCUGACGAUAUGGAAUGUAGGAGGAUGAAAAGGUAGCGUAAAACAAUUAAGACAAACAUGAUCACGUGAUGUAGGCAAUCCGUAACCCCACACCUCAGGACAGCCUUUGGUAUCAAAACUGAACAAAGCGGCAUAACUCUGUAUAUAGUGGGAUCACCAGACCCGAUUGAAGUGUAGGACACUUCGCAAGCCUAAGAAACAUAUGGCGAUUCGAGGUGACAGAGAAUAACAAUUUAUAACGAAAAUGAGUUCUGAAAAUUCAUUCACAGAUCAUUCCCGAUCCUACCCUAAAACAGCUUCCUCGUACAGAAUAUGCUUAGAACUGAAGUAGCCAUAUUCAUGACUAUCACUGUUGACAAAGGCUGAUUAAAAAUAAUUUUGGUUUCUUAUGUACGUUCUUAUCUCAUGGCUUGUUAGAUUUUUUGUCUAAUGACAAAUCUCACGGAAGUCGGGCACCUGCAUGAAGCCUUAAGUCGAUUUGUUAUCGCGUUUAUCCACGAUCUCCAACUGUCAAGUUGUUUAGUUGAUAAACAAACGUGUGCUUAAACUACAUAUAACAUAUAGAAGACUUUACUUCCCCGACUGACUCACUUUCAAUAGACGUAAAAGUCGACCGACAAUCUUAAUGUUUGACCUUUGCGACUAUUAAUAGUAUAGGAACAAUAGUGAUUUUAAGUGAUUUUCUUCCGCAUCACAUGUAUAUAAUGUGUGGAGUUGGCGUGGACUUGUGGAAUUUCCUUAACACGGUAAUAUUUACUGGGUUUAUAUGUUGAAUGAGCACAUUCUGCCAUUACAUGUUGCUGAGUAUGGAGCCCGAGUAUCAUAACGUCUCCAUUGAGUGCCCGGCUACCAGACAAUAUGACGACCCUAAGUGGGAAUGUGAGGAAUGUGAAUAUCUGUGUAGUUCGGACGCUGUGCUUUGUGAAGGCUGUUUUGCAAUUCGCCAUCAGCAGAAAGUAAACCCCGUCGUCAAAUUAAAUCAGCGAGAGGUAGAACAGGAGACCCGGCUGAUACUUAUCGGGAAGACUGGUACAGGAAAAAGUGCUACUGGAAACACAUUACUUGGGAAGGAAGCCUUCCGCUCGCAGAUGUCUUGUGGGUCGGUGACUAAAGUAUGCCGGAUGGGGACCAGCACGAGGUUCGGACGCACGCUCUCAGUGGUCGACACUCCUGGGUUGUUUGAUACAGGCCUUAAUAACGACUCUAUAACUAUGGAGAUUUUGAAAUGCGUGGGGAUGUCCGCCCCUGGCCCGCACGCAAUACUCCUGGUGGUUGGAAUCACUAGGUUCACGAAAGAGGAACGUGAUGCCGUUCGGAUGCUUCAGCACGCUUUCGGCGAGGAAAUGAACAAGUAUCUUAUUGUUAUAUUUACCCGCAAAGAUGAGCUCGACAGGUGUAGGAAGACAAAAUACCACCUUUUCAACGAAGCCCCACCAGAAUUAACAGCCAUUUUAAAAAGCUGCGAUUUUCGUUUUCUUACAUUUAACAACUGUGCUGAAGAUACAGAAGCUGAACAUCAGGUUCAUGAACUUUUGAAAAUAGUUGAUAAAAUGGUUAACGAAAACAAUGGCAAAUGUUACGACAGCAGCAUAUUUAAGGAAACGGAACAAGUUUUGAAAGACAGAGAAAAUGAAAUAAAAAAACAAUAUGAACAUGCGGCUGGUGAGGAACUAAGCAAAUACCGUAAUCGAUUACGUGAGAAAUAUAAGCCACAAUUAGACUCGAAUCAAAUGCUGCAACAAACUUUUCACAAGGAGCUGGAACAACAUAAGAAUUUUCGAGAUAACGCAAAUAAGUUUCUGGAGAAUUUACCAAAAGGCCGUGAUCUAAAUCUACAAGGGCCAGCAACUCAUCGCAGUCCAAUGUUGAGUUCAUCCAGCUCGUCAGAUGAACUUCAUGAAAGGAUGCUUGGCUGUGAAAAGAAAUUACGCGAGCUCCAAAGCCAAGAAAAGGACAUGAUAGUUUCGAUGAAGAUGACUUUUCUAGCCAGAGAGCAAGAAAUCAAACAAAAACUUAACAAAAUGAAACAAGAGGUUCGCCACACAGUCAGAAAGGAAAUUGAAGAUGAAGAUCGUAGCUUUCUUAGACGAAUUUGGACUAAGAUGGUACAAUCUGGAAAGGACUUUGUUGACAGAUUUGAACGGAUUUUCCGUUCAAGAGAAAAAUGAAAGAGACGAUUGUUUCAUUAGCCAUGUAUAUAGAAACAAAUAUUUAACAUUUAAUUUUAAUUAAUGAAUGUUGAACUUAAGUGCAAACAUGUAUAAGAAUUGAACGGCAUUGUAUUUCAUCGAUAACAAACAUUUUUAUAAAACCCACUACUUCUUCAUGGUACAUUUGCUAUAUUCAUACCGUUCAAUCAUUCUAAAGUUUUGGUCAUCAUUGACAUAAAUACAGAUAUACCCCAUUAUGUUUAUUUCUCUCCCUUCUUCAGCUUCGUAACUCUGACUGCGUUUAAAUUAGCGUAUACGCAGUGAAAAAAGGCUCGUCGGAUUGAAACAAUAUGUACUUGUUUGAAAUAAGGCGCCGUUCACGGUUCAGUGAGAUAACAGGUUGGUGACAGUCGUUGUUUGGUUCCUUUAACAUCUGGUAACAUGGAACAUAUUACAUGUAGGUAUCCAUUAUCUUUAAUCGUAAAACAAAGGAAUGCUGACAAACUUCAUAAAUUAAUCAAUUCAAAUUGUUAUAUUAUUGCCGACAUACUUGGAAGUAUCGUUCGAUAGACGACCGAGCUCAGGCGUUCUCUAUGGUUCCGUACAUUAUAUGUCCAGUGUUGAUUUUUAAAUUAUGUCGACAUUAUUUAUCUACGGAACUGUUAUACAGGUACCUGAUGAUUUUUGUUCAUACAAGGAUUGUGCAGUUACAAAUAAAACGCAAAUUUUCAG